AUGGCGACAGUCCCCCCAUUUUUGGUGAUAGACCACCGGGGCGACCGGGGAAAGUGCAUUGGUCCGUAGGAAAAUGCAUUGGUCCGUUCCAUGCAUCGGUCCGUGUUCGGUGUAUAUGCGUGAUCGGGUGGAUGCCCAAGCGUGAUGCUGCUGGGAUGCUGUGCACCCACCCAGCUCACUCCACCUUUUGAACUGUUCUCCUGGUCCAAGGUCUCAUCAAUACAACAUCUUUUCCCCAGAAGCCACG